AACACACCAACUUUUUCAAGAGUCCAGUUUCCUUUUCAAUAAAAAAAACCAGGAUUUGUUUUGCUCAUGCAUCAGCCAAAUUUGAUUCAUCCAACAAGUUUGAAUUGGAUAACCACUGAAUCUCAUAACCACUAUAUUUUAGUGCCAAGAUGCACUCUUUAUUCUGUCACAACCUCAAAAUCUCAUACUAAUUGAAUCUUGAUUUGCAUAUUUAUGUUCCUUUGAUGUUUUUUUCAUAAGCCUAAUCAAUAGUUUUAAGAGCCAAGUUACAAACUUUUUGUGUUGUCACAACCUUAAAAUCUCCAUAACUCACAAGUCACAACCAUGAUUAUCAUUAAUUCUGUUUGUCUUUGAUGCAUUUUCUUAGGCCUAAUAACAACAUUUGAUCUAUUUCAGGGCUGCAGAAUGGAACCACUGCUUUGAUUGUCCCAUGUGGUCGGUUACAUCUUCAAUAGUCUUUCUUGUAUUCUACUGUUAUAUAUAUAUAUAUAGGUCUAAAGAGUGUACAUUUUGGCACACAUACAUAAGUACUAUCCUCCAACUCCCUGAAAGGGUAACUCAGAGAGUCAAGAAUGAAUCUUGAAGUUAGUAGGAAAAGGAUAGUGGUUUUUGCAGUGAUUGUGGCAAUGUCAGCUGCAAGAAUCCAUGGUGAAAAAUGUGGUUUUGAGGCCAUCUUCAACUUCGGAGAUUCAAACUCCGACACCGGAGGAUUCUACGCUGCUUUUCCGGCAGAGAGGCUGCCCUUCGGCAUGACAUACUUCCACAAACCAGCCGGUCGAGCCACAGAUGGCAGGGUCGUUGUCGAUUUUCUAGCACAAGCUCUGGGGAUACCAUUCUUGAGCCCCUAUCUGCAGUCAAUAGGAUCAGAUUUCAGGCAUGGUGCCAAUUUUGCAACAUUGGCAUCGACGGUUUGUUUGCCACAGACUUCACUAUUUGUCACAGGAGUUAGCCCCUUUUCUCUUGCUAUCCAGCUCAAUCAAAUGAAGCAAUUUAAGGCCAAAGUUGAUCAACUUCACUCUUCAUCAGGAGAAGAAAGGCUUCCACCACCUACUGUUUUUGGAAAAUCUCUCUACACAUUCUACAUUGGCCAAAAUGAUUUCACUGGGAACUUAGCAUCCAUUGGCAUAAAUGGGGUGAAACAGUAUCUCCCUCAAGUAGUGUCACAAAUUGCUAGCACUAUUAAGGAGAUUUAUGCAAUAGGUGGGAGAGAUUUCUUGGUGCUGAAUCUUGCACCAAUAGGUUGCUACCCUGCAUUCUUGGUGGAGCUGCCUCAGAAUGCCUCGGACAUCGACUCAUUCGGAUGCUUGACCUCUUACAACAAUGCUGUGGUAGACUACAACACUAUGUUGGAGGAAGCAUUGAAGCAGACAAGAAGAGAGAUUGGUGAUGCAAAUGUUGUGUAUACAGACAUACAUUCUGUUAUGCUAGAGCUUUUCCACCAUCCCACUUCUCAUGGGAUGAAGUAUGGGACCAAGGCAUGCUGUGGAUAUGGUGGUGGUGCAUACAAUUUUGAUAAGAGAGUUUACUGUGGGAAUGAGAAGGUGAUCAACGGCCGGACCUUGGUUGCGACCGGGUGUGGUGAUCCAUAUAACUAUGUGAGCUGGGAUGGGAUUCAUGCCACUGAUGCAGCUAACAAGAUUGUUGCUCAUGCUAUGGUCAAUGGCUAUAUUUUUAGGCCACCAUUUUCACUCCAUAAAUUUUUCGAUAUUCAAGGAAUUGAUUAACACCUUUUUCACUCCCUCACUCACUCAAAUGUUGGAGGGAUAUUCAAACAUGUGACUUGCUUUGCAUUUGAAUAUUUUGAACAGCUGAAUGUGUGAUGCAUGUUGAUGAUUAAUGGGAUUUGUCAAAAUUCAAAAUUAGAGAGAAAUCAACAAUCAUGUCUAGUCAUGCUCAUGCACGGUUAAAUCAAAACCACUUGUUCGUAUUGAACGGAUGGACAAUCUUUAGAAUUGUAGCCGAUACUACCUAUUAAGUUUAAGUUAAUAGUAUAACAUUUGGAUGAUCAAUGAAACUGGCGUGGUAUAGUACUGAAA